AGAGGCGGACUUAGUUUUAUUCCGGAUUUUUAUACGGUGGGCAUCUUCCAUACCUUUAAUACCCUAGGAGGUAGGUAUCAAUCAAGAUUCAAGACAUUACCAAUCAAAAGUAAGAGAGAGAGAAGAAGAAAAAAGAAAAGAGAGAGAAAAAAAAAUAAUCAUAAAAAAUAAGAAGAUGGUUACUCGACAUGCAGUAACUACAGUAGCUUGCUCUCAAUGCCGUCUGGCUGCUCUGAAGUUAUUUGUUUGUUCUACGAACACCUUACCCACCAUAAGACCUAAUCCUUUUCAGUAUCGACAGCGACUGGUCUCUAGGAUACCAAUCCGGUCGUUCUCAUCUCUACCGUCUCAAAAUGAGUCCUCAAGUAGCACGGCAUCGACUGAAACAAGUCAUGAAAAGGAUGAUAUCCUCGAUGACCGGCAUGACCGGCAUGAUCAGCAUGAUCAGCAUGAUCAGACUCACGAAACUACCACAGGAGACACAAGUCUAACCGCUACUCCUUGGUAUCUUCAAGUUGAGCCCCCAAGACAAAUAGCUACCAUUGAGCCCCCACCGUUACCAGAGGUUCCUUCGGACUCUCCAGAAAUUAUCGGCUCAUUAUUAAAAUACGCCUCUGAGGAGUUGGGCCUUGAUGAUCUUUCGCUGUUAGAUCUUAGGGAGCUAGAUCCUCCAGCAGCCCUAGGUCCGAACCUCUUCAUGCUGUUCGGCACCGCGCGAAGCGAGCGCCAUCUCAACGUGUCUUCUGGACGGUUGUUACGAUGGCUACGAGCCAAGCAUCAUAUUUGGGCUAACGCUGACGGCUUGCUUGGGCCAAACGAGCGCAAGACAAAGCUGCGCCGGAAGGCUAAGCGGGCGAAACUCCUAGGAGGUGUUGAGGAUACUGAUGACGGAAUUAAAACCGGAUGGAUAUGUGUUAAUUUAGGUACCAUUGGUUACGGCAAGGAAGAGUCUGCCGUUUUUGCGGGCGAUGGGCGUGUUGCUGGUUUCGGUGCUGCUCAAAAUGGGUCCACGAUUGUCGUUCAGAUCAUGACAGAAUCCCGGAGAGUCGAGAUGGAUCUUGAAUCUUUGUGGAAGAGAAGUCUCAGCCGAUCAGUCGGCACCAUCGUCGAGUCUGAGCAUAAGCCGGUAGAAUCGACGAAGAGGCCCGUAAAGCCGCAGACUAGGCGGCCAAAGCCAGAGGUGGAAAACAUGGAAGAUCUCCAUCCUCUAGAGAAGGCUAUCCUAGCGAGUUCGCGCCGCCAUACAACUUCUGGAAACAGCCACUUCAACGAUACAUCGAGGAGAACACCUUUUGAACAGGCACGGUUUUAUUCGACAGUACAAACGGCCCAUAAUAAGACGCCAAUGGAAAAUCCGUUAUUGCAUAUCACAUCGAAAGAUGCUCUUGAGCAGAGUCUCAAGUUUGAUUUCCAUCAGAAAAACCGGAUUCUAUCCCUAUUAGAAGCCGGCCUUGACAAUCCAUCUGUCGUUUCUACUUCGGAGUAUAAGACAAGCUUUUCGAACUCUUUUCUUACGCUAUCUCAGCUUGCGUGUCAAAGUCUCCGUCCAUCUCAAACUUGGGGAUUUCGUCUUGCAGUUCACGCAAAGGCCUGCGAGCUUCGCAUGGCUGAUUUUACUGGGUUGCCUACUAACGCGCAGCAGUUAGUUGAAGAGAUGUGUCUCUAUGGCAUCCCUUUCACACGACAGCAAUGCUUACAGCUCUUGGCAUGCAUUUAUAGCUCAGAUAUCAACGGAUUAAACGAGCGGACCCGACUUGCCCUGAAUCUCUUGAAAACGGUCCAGCAACGUGGGCAGCCGGUCCUUGCUAGUGACAUUAUUGUUACUAUCAUCGAAGCAACAGCUCGCUAUUAUAAGAAAACCGCCUCCCAGGAUUGCUUAAAGCUUAUCGAGCGACUGGAGGAUGCUUUAGUGCAAGCAGAUUUAUCUCAAUUAGAGGAGCCGCAAAUCAUGAGACUCAUGGAGGCAUACGCCGACAUACGCGAUUGGAAAGGUUUCCAGAACGCAUGGCGCAUACCUGCGAGGCACCUACGCCCGCGCUCAGCAGCCAUGUAUAUCCAUGCUUAUAAUUUGGCGUCUUCGACGGGUUCGCCGUUGGUCUGUAAGAUGAUGCUAAGGUUGUGCUUUCAGGAGAUGCUCUCGGAGGAUCCGCCUGUGCUACCUAGGGAUAAAGUCCUCACUGCUGUCCACAAGUGCAUUCAUAUAGCCGACAGAACUGCUCAUCAAAACUUUGGGCAGAUGCUAAAAAAUCCCGGCGUUCAUGGAAGUAGGGGGGUGGUAAAAGAAUUCGUGAGGCUCCUGUGGAGCAUUCAUGUGAUAAAUCUCAACAGUGGGCAAGGAGCGUAAGGAUGGAUAAUAUUCGCAUAUUCUUCUAGCAUUAGACCAGCUGCAAGGUCUCAAUGUUGAUGUUGGCAUAUGAAUUUGCCAGUCUCUUCGCCUCCAGAUGAGGCAUUCAAGGCGGUUUGCAUACGUUCCAGUGUAACGAAAUCAAUGUCUUUUUUUCAUGUAAAUUACCUAUCCAGCUAAAUACCUACCUAUAACCUAACCUAACCUACUUAUGUACAACUUCCGACCUCUCUUGCUCUACGUGACUUUAUAUAGUUCUCUUAUCUGAUCUAACUAUAAGGUAUGUCAAUCCUCACAACUUUUCCUUUUCCCAGAGCUCACU